AUGCCCCCUUGGGCCGGACGCGUCGACGGCGGCCCGGCUCCCGUCUCGCCGGCGGCCGCCGACCCUGUGCGCACGCCCAGGAUUGACGCGCGUGAGCGCGCCGCUUUUGAGCGCGACGGCUUCGUCGUCCUCGAUCGGCUGCUGAGCGCGGAGGUGUGCGCCUUGCUCAACCAGAGGCUCGAGCUCGUGCUGCGCGGCGAGUUUGAUCUGGGGCGGCCGCCCGACAAGGUGCCCCGCUUCAAGGCGGAGACACGGUGCAAGGCGGGCAAGCAGCCGCCGCCCCUCGGCGGGCCCUCGAAGACCACCCUCCAGCUGAUCAACGUCCACAAGGCGGACGCUGCAUUCCGGGACGUCGUGUGCUCGCCGUCGCUCGGCCGAGCCGUCUCUCGACUCGGCGGGUGGGCGGGGGCGCGGGUGGCCAACGACCAGGUGUGGGCCAAGCCGCCCGGCGCGGCGCCGCUCACUUUCCACCGCGAUUCGGCCUACUUCGACUUUGUGCCCUCCGACGUGAUCACCGUCUGGCUCGCGCUCGACGACAUGGACGACGACGUCGGCCCGCUGCAGUACGUGCCGGGCUCGCACCGAUGGGAGGACGGCCGCGUCGGGUCGGCCCAGCAGUUCUUCGACAAGGACCGGUUCGCGCUCCUGCACAGCGCGGCGAGGCGGGAGGGCCUUGACCCCUCCGCCGAUAUCGGCCUCGUGACGGUCGGCGUGCGGAUGGGCGGUUGUGGCAUCCACAAUGGCCGUUUGUGGCACGGGUCGGAUCGGAAUGCGAGCGCUCGGCCGCGCCGCGGACUCGGCAUUCACUUCGUGCCAGCCGACGCCGUGUUCAGGGACGCCGAGGGGAAGACAUUGGCGCAUUCAAUCCAGCCCAGGCCUGACGGGGCUGCGCCGGGCGUUGAGCUCGACGGCCACGCAUUUCCCAUCACGUACUUGUCACGAGCCGGCGAGCAGAAUUCUAGAGAUAGUUGUGGUGAUAUCCGACAGUGA